AUGGGGUCAUUCGUGCCUCGACAUGUCUAUCCGCAUCUGUCCUCGAUACCCAGGUCCUACUAUCUAGGACAUCAUGCAGCCGGGCUGGCGAAGAUGAAGUCGAUGGUCUCGCAGAUCGACCUUGUGAUUGAAUGCCGCGACUAUCGAACGCCUAUUGUCUCCCGCAAUCCCCUGUUCGAAGCCAAUCUGGGCGAACGUCCGAGACUGAUUGUCUACACGAAGCAAGACCUGGGGAGUAACUAUACUGGCGAAGAUAAGAAACGAGAAGCCAUUGUACAGAAAUGGGAUGCCCCCUCGACCUCUUUGUUCGCCGACGUAAAGUCUCGAUCCGCCAUAAACCGAGUGCUUGACUUCGCUCGGGCCCAUGCGAAUGAGUCGACGUCUCUCUUCGGAACUCGCCUCAUGGUCGUCGGUAUGCCCAAUGUUGGCAAAUCUUCCCUUCUGAACGCAUUACGGAACGUCAGUCUGGGGAAGAAGAAGGCUGCCAGAACAGGAGAUCAACCAGGCGUUACGCGCAAGAUCGGAACCAGUGUAAAGAUAAUUGACGGAGAGGACGGCAAGGAGGGGGUCUAUGUUCUCGACACCCCUGGUGUGUUCGUGCCGUACGUCCCGGACGCCGAAAGUAUGCUCAAGCUCGCACUCUGUGGGAAUGUCAAGGACACCAUCAUUCCCCCGACCACGAUCGCCGACUAUCUGCUGUUCCAUUUGAAUUUGCGUGAUCCAAGGUCAUAUGAAAUGUUCUCGGAGCCAACCAACGAUGUAUUUGUUGUGCUGGAGGGUCUUGCAAGGAAGCAAGGGCGAUUGAAGAAAGGUGGUGCUCCGGAUUUCGAGUCUUCUGCCUUGCAAUUUGUCCAACGUUGGCGAAGUGGUCAGAUGGGCCGGUUUGUGCUGGAUGACGUUACCGACGACGCACUGUUCCGAAGAAAUGAACAGCUCAACUUGUAUGGUGGGAGCAUGAACCAAGCCCGCAAAGCAGCGAAGCAGCUGCGAAAAGAGGCAUAUCUCGGUGCAGGAUGA